UAUAUCUGAUAAGGCGGCCCAAUCACGAAAUUGACCCAGCGCAACGCCGUCGAUGCCCUUUCACCAUCUCCCUUAUGCGCUGUCAACACGGAAGCCCGUCCCGUUGAGCCUCUUUACCGGGCAGCUUAAGGUCGCCAAAUGAGGGACCUCGUCAUUGUUGGCCCGGUGACCGCGCCCCUCCUCCCCUCCCCGCUCUACCCCGGAUUUUGACACUCCCCUCUGCAUGGCCUGUCUAUCUGGGCCGCCCAAGACGAAACGGAAGAGUUGUCGAGCUCGAGGAGCGCCUGCCAAGCCAUCAGCACUUACACUUCUGUGGCUUUACCCUCUGGCGCGAGAAAACGACGGGUGCUGCUCUCUCUCUCUCUCUCGUUGGAAUGGUUUCUUGGCUUAGGUGGGCGAAGACGAAAAGGGGCUGCAGAAUGGCGGGCUGCGCUGCAUCCCUCCACCGCCCAGGGAUAACAAGCUUUGCCGCGCCCGAUUAUGGAGGGGUUC